CCAAUUAGAAUCUGAAUCGGCAGGCACAAGGGGUAACUAAGUGAGAUAAAUUGUGAAAAGAAAACCUUAAUGUUGCGGGCAUACAAAGAUCUUUCUUCAACAUAAGGUAGAAAGGCCGGAACGAAAAGACGAGAAUAAGCGCAGAAGAAUGCCGCUCUCUCGCAACAACCCAAGACGAAUGAAUAAGGCAUUAAAUUGAAGACAAUGACAGGAAAUUCCACAAACGAUGAUUCUAAGUUAUCUGUAGAAAUUAUCUUGUACAUUAUGCCGAUCACUGGAAUCAUCGCCAACACAUUCGCCAUUCUUUCCUCUGCUAGACUGCUUCAGCUGCAACCGCUUAGCCCUAAUGUCUUCGUGCUUGGAUUAUCAUGCAUCGACCUGAUCUCCAUCACAUUUUUUUGUGUUCCAUCUUGGUUAUUCCACAUCAAAGGCGAAUGGGUUGGCGGGAAGAAACUUUGCGAUUUCCAGGGAUUUGUCUUCCUAUUUUCGACGCUUUGUUCAGCGUUCUUAGCAACUUUAAUGGCGGUCGAUCGCUGCAUAGCCGUCACCAAACCAUUUUUUCAUCGCAAAACAAUGACAGUAAACAAGGCAAAAGUGCUACUGUCAGGAGCUAUAGCAGCGUCCUUGUUCGUCGCGUUUUUUCCCAUCUUGAAAUUUGGAAGCUUUGUGAGAAGCUCAAGUGGCUCUUUUUGUACUUUAAACUGGUUUCCGAAAAACGCGCUUGACCGCGCGUUCUGUGCGUUUUACGCAGUUCUCGGUGGUCUACCUGCGACCGUAGUCCUAUUUUGUAACAUAACAGUCAUCUGGGAACUGUUUAGAAACAGGAAACGCCGGGUAUCGGUGACGAACAUGAUUCUUCCUGGAGCACGACGGAUGGCACAGUUUAGAAACAUCGAACGAGAGGACACCGAAAUACAGUUCUCAAGAACGAUGGUACUAAUUUCUGUAGUGUACCUCUUUGGCUGGAUUCCAUUCAUGGUCCGUCUAAUAGGGAACGCUUUUUACCACUGGAAAAACAGCACUGCAGAUCUUCUUGUCUGCUCGUUUCUUCUGCUAAACUUCAUCGCUGACCCUUUUAUGUAUGUCCUUACACGAAAACAAUAUCGUCAAGUACUUAAGAUGAUGUUAUUGUGUCGAUGCAAAGGAAGGCUAAACAAUCGUGUUUUUCCCAUCACCUAUAACAGUCAACAUCCCAGCAUAUCAUCAGCGAGUCUGCAAGCCCUUUGUUUCUCAGCGAAUGAACAGCAGCUGAAACAACUACGGGAGAUAUUGAAGAGUGCCUCACCACAUCCAUCCAGAAUGGAAGACAGAGAUAAACAGAAAGAGAAGACCAGUUGUCUUGAAUCCACUCAGCCGCUAGGAAAUACAGGAAACCUUCCUCAACAAACCGAAUGCUUCUAGCGUGGUUGUUCCCUUACCUCA